AGUUAAUAAAUUGUUGAUAAAGAAUUCAACACAAAAACCUCGUCAAUUCAAAACAGGGAAAGAGUUGUCGUCGUACGAUUGAAGUAAAUAAAAUAAUAAAUCCUAGAUUAACGAUGCGGUGAACAUGACGUGACGCCAAUGGUUCAUGGAAUUAAAAAUUUUCUUAUAUAUCGAACAAGUUAUUUAGGAUGAAUAGAACAAGGAACAAAACUUAUCUAUGGACCAAGUUUCAUCGUCAUUCUCUAAUACCUUUUACGUACGGACGGCCACGAAGCAUGCCUCUUAGUAAUCAUCAUAGAUAUCCAACCAAACUGACAGAUUGGCUGAUUUCUUAGUUUCUCAAACUCUGACCGCAGCUCUCAUUAAGUAGUCAAUUAAGAAGAGCCACAAACUCAGCUAACUGUAGCAGAUCGUUGAAAUCGCUUGCACCCACAGGUUCAUUCUGAAUGAAGAAAUUCGAAUUCAUCGCCUAUCAUCAUAUCCAAUCCAACUCAUUUACAUAUAUGGAACUAAAGACCAGACAUUUGUCGUUAUUUUCUACCGUUGUGGUGGUAUCAGUUGUAAUUGUCCUGUUAUUCAUGACAGUGGAACCAGUGAACAGCAGACCUUCAAUAAGUGAAGGAUGGACAGAGUAUCAUCGAAGAUUUGGAAUAUCCGACCCCAAGAGAAUGGCCAAUUACGAACAUGAAAAUUUAAGUCGAGAAGUUCGAGAAUUAUGUCAGCGGUGUGCAAAAGUUACAAAGUCUAAGCUGGCGUACCCUAUGUGCAUACUUGAUGAGGAGCACGCACGCGAGUGGUGUAGUAAACUGUUAAUGGUCGGUUAAUUAAUUUUGAAGACUGAAAGUUGAAAAGAAAUUGUGGAGUCCUUAUGUAAACGACGACAAAAUAGUAGUCGCCAAGAUUGACUUCGAACCACCUCUAAUUUCGGGAUUAUCUUUCCUCUAUUCACUCUCCACAAGAAGGUGAACAUCAAACAAGAGAGUCAAUCAAAUUAACAACAAAACAAACCACAAAUCUCACUUCAAGUAUUCACAAGACUUAUCUAAUUAGCUUACUUAAAUAAAUUUAAAACUCGUAAAUAUUUGUGAGGAGCGCGAGAUAGGGCAAAUACCUUAAUAUCUAAAUAAUGUAGUUCCAAUGUACUGCAAAAUUACUAGACUUUAGAGCCCAAACACGAAAUAGAGGAUAAGGAACAAGUAUUACAUACCCUUUUCAAAAUUUACUGUUUACAAAUGAUAAGCAAUCCCUACAGUCGACAUAAAAUACGGCCUGUCUCUUUCUCAUCUAAAUACAUACCUGCUUGCUACACAUUGUUGUGAUAAGUAAAGUAACAAGUACUUAAUUAAUAAUUAAACAAACAUUGAAAACAUAAAUUAAAUAAACUAAUCCGAAGUAAAUUAAUUCGAGUUUACACUCCAUGCACGUACGCCUGCUUGACUUUAAUAUGUACCAAUUCCCUAGUAGAUGAUUACUAAAGAUGAUACUUGGAAAGUCAAGCAAUAGGAUGUGUACGCCCAGUAAUAAUACCGACAGACCACAGAUCCGUGAAAAUCCUAAACAUCGAUUAAACUGACAUAUGUAAUAUGUACACACAUUUUAAAGUCUGGCUAAAAGUCGUUGCAUACAUGUGAACAAAGGAAUUACAAAAUUGUACUAUUUUAAUAUGGUAUCUUUACAGUAAGGUUUAUGUAUGUAUAUCCUGUGCAUCAAGAUAAUUUUAUAAUUGUAUGUAAAUAUGUAUGUAUGCAAAUGGAUGCAGGUCAUGCGAGAUGUUUGAAGCAUAUUUUCAAGUCUUUUAUUUAUUACUGUUUGUAUUUUCUUAAUUUUUUCGAGUUGUUACCCUAUUUGUUGAGCAUGUAAAUGAUUCUCAUUUCAAGAAACGAGGGUAUUAAAUAUACACAAAAUACGUAAGAAAUUAUUAAAGAGUUUGGUAAAAUAAAUAAUAAUUUGUGUUAAUCAUGCUCAA